CGCGGGUGAUUUAUAGAUCUGUGCAUGGUCUGUCAUUAUUUUGACAUUAUAUUAUAAGAUUGACAAUUUGAAUCUUUGACAUCUUACAUUUGAUACAUAUUUGAUGAAACCAAAACUGUUGCAAGAAGCGUUUAUUUGUUUUGAAGUUGAAAAAGACACUGAAUAUACCUUAUUAUGAAUAAAGAAACAAACCGGCGCAAGGUCACUUCUGUUGGCAACUCUUGGAUAAUAUGUAAAUCGAAAUCCCAUCCUGGACAUGUGUAUUAUUUCAAUAGUUUAACUGGACAAGCAGCUUGGAAUCUUAGUGAUGCGGAGAUUGAGAAGGCAAGGCAGACGACAAAACAUCUUGAACAGUUACCAGGUGCUGAACUUGCAUGUCCAGAACCGAAGGAUAAACCACCAAGUCUUUUACCAAAUGCUGCACAAAUUGCUGAACCAAUUCAACCAGCCAUUAAGAAAAGAAUCCCUCCUUUCGUAAAUCCUCAAAUGAAUAUAAUCCCGGAACAACCGUCAUCACUUUUGGCUAAUUUGAAUGUUCCUCUGAACCAAAUGACGAGUAUAUUACAGGGCACACAAAUUACUAAUACUUCUUCUUUGGGUCCUAUUUGUAAUAUGAAUUUAUUGAACAACCCUACACAAGCUUUUAAUUUGAAUAAUGCUACUCCUAUGUAUAAUCCUAAGGUUUGGGCAGUUCCUCAAGCACAACAAAUUUUCUUACCAACACCGCUAGCUCCUAUAGUGAAUCAAGGUCCAAAUUCCUUGAAUGGGGCUUACAACAACUUCGUAGAAUCUUCUACUGGACACAUUUCGGAUAAUUUAAACAAUGCUAGUUCUUCAAGUAUCCAACUAGGGUCCCAUGCAUUUAACACUGAUUUGAGGUACAGAAAAGGAUUUCAGCAACCUAUUAACAGAAAACAUGGAUUUACAAACAAGAAAGAUCUGCGACAAAUGAUAUCUUUCAAGAAUAAGUUUCAAAGGAAACCUGGAGGAUUUGGUGCCCACAUAAACAGUAACAAAGUUGGAAUUAAUUCCAAUGAUUUUCAAAACAGGAUCGGAAAUAAGGAUAGCAAAGGCACAGAACAAAUACUUGAAGAUUCUUCAAAGAUUGAUGUAACUCCUAUGAAGAAUUUGGCAACUCCGGAUUGUAACCCUGAUGCAUGGUUUAUAGUAAUGGAUUUAGAAGUUUUAUUAAAUGAGUUCAAAUUUCUUAAUACAUUAACAGAUUCAGAUGAAAAAUGUCAUCUUAUGGUCCCUAAACGGGUUAUGGAGGAACUUAAAACUUAUGUGACAUGUAUAGAGAAUGUUCAAGCGAGACGCAUCUUACGAUUUCUCUCACAGCAGAUUGAGAUUGGUUAUGCGUUUAUGGCGGAAUAUCCAUGUGAAGCAGAUAAACUGUCUAUGACAGAAGUGAUAGAAGCAACUUGUGCUGAACUAGUGCAGAAGAAACAUCAUUUUGUCCUUCUCACCAACGAUAAUGAGUUAAUCACUAGAAACUCAUUGGUAAAUAUUCACAUGUUUACAAUAAGUGAAGUUCGUAACCUUUUAGGGAUUCAACCAAAAAAACAACAGAUAGUAACGCCUAACGUAGUUCUAAAACCAAAAUUAUCUGUAAAUGAACUCCUGAAUAAAAUAAAAAUUACUGUGCCAAAUAACUUUUCGCCAAAGCGAGACACUACUAGUCCUGAUACAGAUACUGCAUGUGAUGAUAUUAUUGACAAAGUUCCUGAGAUAGCACCAAAACAAGAAGAUAAAACAGAGAAACCAUCAAAACAUACUGUUGAUGCUGGCAUUCAGACUGAUGGUGACGACAUUGCAUCUAAUAGUGGUGUUUCGAAAGAAAACGAAGAGUUAAAUAGAGAAUCCAAAAAUAUUGAAACCAGAAAAGUAGAACUUACGAAACCUGCUGAGACUUCAAUCGUCGUAAAUGUAUCAGAUAAGAAGAGGGGAAUAAAACUUAAACGUAGUGUGUCCAGUCAACCACAUGUAAAUUCUGAAAAGAGGCAAUUUAAAUGGCGCAGGAGAAGAAACACUACUCAAUCGAAUCAACAAAUUCCAACUCAUAGUGAUGAAAUGACAAACUCUAAAGGACUGGAAACAUUUCUUUCAUCUAAUGAUAACCUGAAGGAAUACGACGAACCAUCUACCGAUGAUCCUGUGUCUGAAAGCACAGACAAUAGAGGUGUAAAUGGAAGUAUCGAGAGUAGAGAAUCAAGUAUUAUUGCACAUCCGCGGAAUUGUGUAAGUCAAGGAAAUGUGACAAUUGAUGAAACUUCAACAUCUGGUAUAAUAUCCAACACUGAAAGCAGUGUUGAUGAGAUCAAUUUCACAACCUCAUCUAGUCAAGCGCUUCUUAGAAAAACCAAUGAUAAAGCCAUGUAUGGAGUCGAUAGUACAACUAUGGAACAGUAUUUGAAAGUGAAAUGUGAUGAAUGGAUAUCUAGAUUUGUUCAGAUUAUGGAAGAAGUUUUAACCCAAGUAUUACAUCAGGAUCCACCAUUUUCGAAUUCUAAGUUGCCACCUCCUUGGACGUUACAUGAGGCAGCUCUAUGUAUUGCAAUGAAGUUUAGUGAUUAUAAAGACAUUAAAGAGGCAGCUGACAAAUUGUCCAGUAUGAUCAAUCGUGUCAGUGAUGUUAAAGGUAACAUUGCCUUAAACAUGACUGCAUCUCAAUAUAUGCAAAUGUAUAGCUAUGGCAUGCAUCUGCUUGGUGCAUUAAUGGAGGCCCCCUGUAAUAUUGAAGAUAUAAAAAUUGCUGUGGAAUCGUUAAAUACGCUGCUACACGAUAUAAAGAAUCCUUGCCUGGAUCAUAGUGCUAACGACAGUUUCAACGACAAUGUUCACGAAAUUUCAUCAAAUAAUGAUGCGAUGUUUUGUUCAGAUUUGCCGGGUGACAAUAAUGGCGGAUCAGAACAUGACCAUGAAAUGUCAAUUGAUGAUAAUGACAAUAUUGCAGAAGUUAAUAAAAAAUCUCCAAUGAAAAGAAAACUAGUCCAAGAGGAAACGCCGAAGCAAGUAAAAUUUAUCAGAAAUAUUAAUAUAAACCCUUCCUUGUUUAAACAUUUGACCUUUCAAAAAAGUAAUAAUGCAUCUAACAAUGGUUUGAUUGAUAAGAGCAAUAUGCAAGGCGAAGAAAAAACAAACAGUUCUAAAGUAGUACAAAGAAAUACCGUUGAAACAGCAACGGAGAAGACGGAAAAAGAAAAUAAUGCUCCAGCCAGUCAGCCGAGUAUUAUAAGGAAAUUCACUGCAUUUCCAGAGUUAGAGAAAAAAUUGCAGAUUAGUAACCUAUAUGAAAAUCAUGACGAGGAAUUGGAUUAUGAUGAGGAUGAGGAUGAAGAGUAUUUAACAGGGGAAUACUGUUCAGAAGAAGAAAACGAUGGCGAGAUACAUGACGAUCCUUUUGGCGAUAAUAUUGAAGAAACAGAUUCACUUAGGCCCAAUGAACGUGAAGCUUUAGCAGAAAUCGAUCCUCCUGUCAUAAACGAAAACAACGAAAAGUUUAAGUAUGCAACAUAUAUGUUUAUACAAGAAAUUAAGGAUGCUCUGAGUCAAAUAAAAAUUUUAUGUGAUCGGUGUUACAAAGUAUUGGACAAUCCACAUGCAUCAACCGAGCUGCGGCUUGAACUGCGAACAAAAGCUGAAUCUGCACAUAUACAUAUCACUCGUUUGAGUAAAUCUUUAGAAAGUAUGCUGGAUCAUGAGACGAGCAACUCAAAUCGAAGUAUUUCUAAAUUAUUGAUGCAAGCCGAUGUCAAUUUAGCUGAAGUGGACACUGAACUGCUGUCUAAAUACAGGAUUAGUAUAAGCAAGUGUAAGGAGUGUGCUGACGGCUUUAUGAAAUCCGCACAAGAUAUAAUUUCACGUUUUACCUCCGUUUAAUUGAACAAGUGUCUCACAUCUCGAUGAAAUACCUGUUUUAGGACUUACAAGGACUUGAUGUCUUCAAUCCUAAAAUAUACUUACAGAUAUUAUAUUUCAUGAGCAUGAAAUCCCUACCUAUAUGCAUGUACUCAAUAUUAUUAUAAUAAUUUUUCAUUCAAAAGAAAAUGUGAUUUGUUUAGCAUGUAGUAAUACAAACUACCUCACACUUUAAACUUUUGUUACUUACUUAAAUGAUUUCAAAUUAUCUUAGAUACAUAGCUAUAACGAACUUUCUUCGUCCCCACAUUGGGAAUAAAGCUAUAUUAGUCCCAGAAUAGAUUUUUAAGUAAUAAUGUCCAGUAGUCCUGGAGCCUGUUCAAUACAAACAUACAAUUAAAUCUUGUUUUCCGAUGUUUUUCUUUAUUAUUUUAAUCUAUUUUGUAUUAAUAAUAAGGUUCAAAGUCUAUUACAGAUAAUGGCAGGUAGGGUGAGGCUAGUCUGAAAAAUAAAUAUUGUAUAAAGGUAAGCGUUCACAGGUCCGCAUCGUACGCCUCGCACGCAUCGUACGCAUUCCGUAUGACGUCAUCGGUACGCAUCGCAUGUAGGCAUUGUCGAUGAUACGGUCCGUACGAUGCGGAUCAGUGGACGCAGUUGUAUGAGUUUUUAUACAAGACAAACUAAAGUCCGUUGCGUGUGAUGCGUACGAUGCGGGCCUGUGGACGCGUACUUUAAGGCAGUUGUCCCACCAACGGCGAGUGAACGACUAACUAUCGGCUAUUUUCUCGCUCAAGAAACGUACAAUAGAUAUACUUUCCGUGUAAACAAAAGAGAUGCAUAUACAAAUAGUUGAUCGCUGACUGUUCACACUGCCGGCGAGUGCUCGCUUCACUAGUUUGUCGCUGAGCGACAAGAGCUAUGAAAGAUAACACUCGCUCGGCGACACUCGCCAAGCGAUUAAAACUCACGCCGAGCGAGCAACCAGUGGUCAUUUCUCUACAGUGCGUAUCGUAGUGCGAGUAAUCGCACCCGCCUCACUCGCACACUCGCUUAUAGCCGAGCUACACAAAUACCAGAACUACACACUCGCUCGCCACGUCUCGCUUAACUCGUUUCUAGUUCUAGCUCUACUCGUUACUCGUUCAUCGUUGCCGGUGGGACAACUGGCUAAGAUGACUGACAUUGUUUAAAAACAACUAACUAGGUACAUUUCCUGUAACUUUAUUUUUUUUUCUCAAGUAUAGUUUGAUGCCAAACUAUACUUUGCAUGUGAAAUUCAUUUUGAUUUUUAGUUUUCUAUUAUAAAAACUUUAUCUUGAACUGCAAGUUCAAUGUUGACUUUUUGAAAAUGUAGUUGUUAAGAUACUUAGGUAAUAAGUAUGAAAUAAAACAUUCAAGUAAAUAUA